AGUUUAUACAAUGGUGCUUCCUAUCAAAAUACUGAUGGCAGGAAAGUGCUGUACUUGAAUGGAUCCUUGCAUUCCUACGCAGAAACCCCAGCACUCCCGAUCCGAGCUAUCAGCUUUAGUAUCAUGUGUUGGAUAAAGGUUUUGAGCCUUCCAAGUAAUCUUCCAGUUUAUAUCUAUUCCGACUGGUCAGAACCGCAUCAGUUCAGAAUCUUUAUUCAACGAAGUUAUCUAAUUUGUGCUAAUCUUCGAAAACGUGGUGGACUUGAUCGGGUUUAUCUCUGUGCUGGGUAAGUGCUUAAAAUAGACCUUGUCUUUUCCUACGUAAUAUUAAUAAAUAGGAAGAGACACAUAGAGGACUCAAGUGUGUAUCUCAGAGCAAUUUAUCUUCCUAGGAAGUAUACUGAGAAGCGGAGAUUUGUACAAAGCCUCAUUCCCUUUUGUGUUCUGUUCUCUCAUAAUCAAAGGAAGAUCAUCCCCAGUAAAUGGAUGCACGUGGCGCUCACUUGGAGCCGAGAGAAGAAAGAGGGAAUUCUGUACAUUGAUGGAAUUAUACAAGGUAUCCAGAGAGUUUCUGAUGGUCUUUUAAACCUGAAAAAAAAUAGUCAUACAGUUUUCGACAUUGGGUUGAAACGAGACAGCAUAAAUAAACCGACUUUUGAUGGGUACAUGAGAGAUCUUCUUGUAGUUGAUAAAGCGCUAUCAGGAGAUGAAGUGAAAUACAUGAAAGACAUACUUUAAGGUAGAGCACGCGGUGUGACGACCUUUAAGGGGGGCUACAAAGGAGACUGGGGCAGAGUGGUACAAUCGAACGUUCUAGGUGGUGAGAUGUUUGGGCAUGACAGAUCGUUCGAAAUGAAAUCGUUAGAAGCUUUGAUGUUUUCUCGUUACGAAAAUGGAAGGUGCAUAUGAGCACGAACAUUACCAAUUUCAAUGAAAAUUAUUCCUCGGGUAACAUUACAGCAUCUCUGAUUGAAUAACAAAACAAAGAGGCAUAGAAACUCAUUCUGAGACAAGCUUUAAGGCGGCAACCAGAACAGGUGGAAUGAAAAACGUGCGGAGCACAUAGAUCAGAAAAAACUUUUUAUUUAAGGUUGCUGGUGCUAUGCUAUAAAUGCUGCAUUUUCUGUUAUCACUCAUGAUGAGAGACUCUUAUGUAGUAAUCAAUCUCGACUGCGAAAAAAAUUAGUUAGCUAA